UUCAUAUGCUUUCCCUUCUUCCCUCUCGUCUACCCAAACCGGCCAAAACCCUCCUCCUCCACUUGCCGCAUUUCCCAAUGGCCCAGCUCAUCCGCAACGACACCACCCACUCCUCCGCCUCCGCCCACCACCACCAAAACGUCGUCGUCAUGCGCCACGGCGACCGAAUCGACAACUUCGAGCCCCGCUGGAUCAAGAACGCCGCCCGCCCCUGGGACCCGCCUCUCGUCGAGGAGGGCAAGGUCCGCGCCUUCUGCACCGGCGCCAAGCUCCGCUCCGAUCUCGGCUUCCCCGUCCACCGAGUCUUCGUCUCCCCCUUCGUUCGCUGCGUCGAGACCGCCGUCCAGGUCGUCACUGCUCUCUCCGCCCUCGAAACGCCGUCGUUGGUCAAAUACGACAGCAGUCAGCCCCUCCCCGUUGAUCCCUCCAAGCUCAAGGUCUCAAUUGAAUAUGGCUUGUGUGAGAUGUUGAAUAGAGAGGCCAUUCGCGGUGAUAUAGCUCCGAAAGAUGGGAAUUGGGGUUUCAACAUUCCAGAACUUGAAGCCAAGUUCCCAGAAGGUACUGUGGAUCGCACCGUGGAGAGAGUUUACAAACAGUUGCCCCAGUGGGGAGAGAGUGUGAUGGAUGCGAGGUCAAGGUAUGCUAAUGUUGUUGAGGCCCUUGCCGAUAAAUACCCUACAGAAAAUUUGCUCCUUGUCACUCACGGUGAAGGAGUUGGUUCCUCAAUUACUGCGUUCCUGGAGGGCGCCACAGUAUACGAAGCAGAGUACUGUGCAUAUUCAAAACUACGAAGGCCCAUCUUCUGCAAUGAUCAAUCAACGACUGCUGGAAAGUUUGAGGUAUUAACAAAUAUUGGUCAGACUGGUGUCAGUUAUUCUCUUUCAUUAUAAAAGCAGUGUACAGUUGCUUUCUCUAUUGGAGUGUUUACUGCAAAUUAGCUAUCUAUAUUGAUGGCCGGAUUUAUCAAUGUAUCAAACAGUAGCUUUGUUGUCCUUUUUAAUUGUAAUUUUAUGUAUUGCUCUAGACUCUACAGGGUCAAAUUACAAGAAAAUGGAACAAAAGCUUUGUUUCUAUGUUGGAGCCGUUUAUAUUUCCUUUUCAUUUAUCAAAUGAUCAUGUUCUGCUA